AGUAAUAAAAAAGAGUAUUCACUGUUCAACACUCAUAUUCCCGUCCCUCUCUAAAACCCUUGAACCCUAACCCCCUCCAGAACUCUCUCACAAGUUACACAACUUUGACGACGGCCAUGGCGGAGCUAAAACUCUCGGAGAGCCGAGACCUGACUAAAAUAGAGCGCAUAGGCGCCCACUCUCACAUCCGCGGCCUCGGCCUCGACUCCGCCCUCGAACCCCGCGCCGUCUCCGAGGGCAUGGUCGGCCAGGCGGCGGCUCGCAAGGCCGCCGGCGUUAUCCUCCAGAUGAUCAAGGAAGGCAAGAUCGCCGGCCGCGCCGUCCUCCUCGCCGGCCAGCCCGGUACCGGCAAAACCGCUAUCGCCAUGGGCAUGGCGAAAUCCCUCGGCUUGGAAACCCCGUUCGCCAUGAUCGCCGGCAGCGAGCUCUUCUCCCUUGAGAUGUCGAAGACCGAAGCCCUAAUGCAGGCGUUUCGCAAGGCCAUUGGAGUGAGAAUCAAGGAGGAGACGGAGGUUAUUGAGGGCGAGGUCGUCGAGGUCCAAAUUGACCGUCCGGCGGUGGCCGGAGCGGCGUCGAAGACCGGAAAGCUGACCUUGAAGACGACGGAGAUGGAGACGGUGUACGAUUUGGGGGCGAAGAUGAUCGAGGCCUUGGUGAAGGAGAAGGUGCAGAGCGGAGACGUGAUCGCGAUCGAUAAAGUUUCUGGAAAGAUCACGAAGCUUGGGAGGUCGUUCUCGAGGUCGAGGGACUACGACGCCAUGGGACCGCAGACGAAGUUCGUGCAGUGCCCCGACGGGGAGUUGCAGAAGCGUAAGGAGGUCGUCCACUGCGUCACGCUUCAUGAGAUUGAUGUUAUCAAUAGCAGAACCCAGGGAUUUCUUGCCCUCUUUACUGGCGACACUGGUGAAAUCCGUGCAGAAGUGAGGGAACAGAUAGACACGAAGGUAGCUGAGUGGAGGGAGGAAGGAAAAGCAGAGAUUGUGCCGGGCGUCCUGUUUAUUGACGAGGUGCAUAUGCUUGACAUUGAAUGCUUUUCAUAUUUGAACCGCGCAUUGGAGAAUGAGAUGGCUCCUAUCUUAGUUGUUGCCACCAACAGAGGAAUCACUACAAUCCGAGGCACAACUUACAAAUCCCCACACGGCAUCCCGAUAGAUCUCCUUGAUCGCCUGCUCAUCAUCUCCACUCAACCUUAUACGGAGGACGAAAUUCGCCAGAUUCUGGACAUAAGGUGCCAAGAGGAGGAAGUGGAGAUGUCCGAAGAGGCAAAAAGUUUGUUGACCAAGAUUGGAGUAGACACAUCCUUGAGAUAUGCCAUCAAUCUAAUUACAGCCGGCGCAUUAGCAUGUCAGAGGCGAAAGGGGAAGGUUGUGGAAAUGGAGGACAUUAACCGAGUUUACCAUCUCUUUUUGGAUGUGAAGAGAUCAACGCAAUAUUUGAUGGAGUAUCAGAGUCAGUACAUGUUCAGCGAAGAUGGCAAUGAAGAUGAUGCCACUGCCAUGCAGUCUUGAGAGUUCCUUUUGACUUAAUGUCGCUUGUGGCCAUUCUUGUAUCCUUUCUUAAUGUGCCAUCAGAGGGUAUAUUCGGUGUAUUGUACUUUUUUUUUUUUUUUUUUUAAUUUAUGAGUUUGAGUUACAUCGCUUUGUAGUUUUCUGUGUUUUAGGGAAGACUUGCAGUCUUUUUGCAAAGUUAAGCUGCAGUAAAUUGUUCCUUUGGAAGAUCCAGUAUGAAGUUCUAUUGGGCUCCCUUGUUUCUUCUAAGGUAAUCGCAAUCACUUUUUCACUUUGGAGUGAGUAUUGCUCUUUGUGUGUUUACAAAAUGACUUAACUGCCCUUUUGUGUUUGAUGAGGAAGUGAUAUUGUAGCUGAUUUCGGUCCAAAAAUAUACCUCUUUGCUUUAUAGUGAGAGCAACAUUUGUAACGCUCUGCAACUGGGGUUGUGCUACUAAAUUCGUUAGUUUUGCGCUUUAUAGGGUCAAAUUAUUUGUCUGUCGAUGGAAGGGUCUAG